GGGUUUGGCGAGAAGGGGAAGUGACGAGGGAUGGAAUGUUCCUGAAAGUUCGAGCAAUUUGUUGAAAGUGUUGCGGAGAGACGGUGAGGGCGGUGGGCCUGAAUCAUUGACUGGUUACAGCACAAGUUGGUUGGGGGACGGAUAUUGGCCAGGACACUGGGGAAGAACUCCCUCUGCUUUUUAGUCGAAACAGUGACAUCCAUCUUUUACAUCCCCGUGGGCUCAUUUGAAAGACAGCUGGGAAAUGACAUGUUGAACCAGAUGAUCUAUAUAAAUUCAGAAGAAAAUCUCUACACAUCGAUGAAUAAAUUCCUGGAAUAGUUCGCUUGAUUGGGCAAUCAAGGUAGAAAAUGGGGAAGGAUUAUUAUAAAAUCCUGGGCAUUAAUAAAGGAACAGCAGAAGAAGAUAUCAAGAAGGCAUAUAGGAAGCUAGCCCUUAAGUACCAUCCCGAUAAGAACAAAUCUCCAGAUGCAGAGGAUAAGUUCAAGGAAAUCGCUGAGGCUUAUGAUGUACUGAGUGACCCCAAGAAACGGGAAAUCUAUGACCAAUUUGGAGAGGAAGGGUUAAAGGGUGGUGGAUCUGCAGGUCCCAAUGGCACCAACUUCCAGUACACAUUCCAUGGGGACCCCCACGCUGUGUUUGCCGAAUUUUUUGGGGGGAGGAACCCAUUCGACAUAUUCUUUGGACAAAGGAAUGGCGAGGAAGACAUGGAGAUUGAUGACGAUCCCCUGAGCUCUUUCAGUGGAUUCAGCAUGGGUGGCAUGGGCAAUAUGGGCAACAUGGGUGGCAUGUCUGGGUUUCACCGGACGCGGGGGUCUGCCAAAAAGCAGGACCCUCCCGUCACCCACGAUCUGAAAGUUUCCCUGGAAGAGAUUUUUACCGGCUGCACCAAGAAGAUGAAAAUCCGGCGGAAGCGGCUGAACCCUGACCGGCACACGUCGAGGCAGGAAGACACCAUCCUCACCAUCGAAAUCAAGAAGGGUUGGAAGGAAGGGACCAAGAUCACCUUUCCCAAGGAAGGGGAUGAAACUGCCAACAACAUUCCUGCCGAUAUCAUCUUCGUGCUGAAGGACAAGCCACAUCCAGUCUUUAAGCGGAACGGAUCCGAUAUCAUCUAUCAAGCAAAGAUCAGCCUCCGGGAGGCCCUAUGCGGUUGCACGUUAUCUAUACCGACACUGGAUAAGAAAACCCAUAUGAUGGCAUUCAAGGAUGUCAUUCAGCCAGGCUCGCAGAGAAGGAUACAAUCAGAAGGAUUGCCACUGCCAAAGCAACCAGACCGGCGUGGCGAUUUGGUGAUUGAGUUUCACGUGCGUUUUCCCGAAUCUCUCUCAAAUGCAACGAAGGAUAAACUCAAGGAACUCCUGCCACUGUAACUGCUGCAGAAAUCUUGGGAGUCUAGUGAUUUGUGGAAUGGGGAAAGGAAAGAAAGAAAUUGUAUUUUAGUGGACUGUAACUGCUAGGCUGUGGUCCUAAAGUAGUCAUCCCAACUUGGACAUUUACUAUUGAGCAAGUUGCUUAAUGGGCUUUUUAAAAAAAAAUCUAUAUUCCAGUCUUUACACGAUUACAAACUGUUGGUGCGCAGACUGUACCUUCAGAACACUAGCACCAACUGUUCAAUCCUGUACGUUUUGUUGUUCAGUGUAAAUAAUGCAUUCAUUUGUAACCAAAAAUAAUAUGCGACAUUAAUAGUAUUGGCCAUUCUAUUCAAAUAUUGUCUGUCUGUAACUCAUUACCUCUUUGUUAAAACAAUAAAUAAUUUUCCUUCA